AUGACGGCCAGUCAUGUUGUAAUCAACGAGGAACAAAGGCCUGAACGACAAAGGAGGUUCAGAAAAUUAAAAACUCCAAAAAUGCCGAAGGUCAAAAUUCCGAGAAAUAAGUGCUGCAAUUGGUUCCGAAAAGCGGAUAAUAUUCAGUUGACACUAACAAUCACCGCUGUUAUACUCGGUUUGGUCAUUGGCAUUUCAGUUAAGUUCGCCCAUCCGGAUAUUAGCCAACGCACGAAAACUCUAGUUUCAUUCCCCGGAGAUCUGCUGAUGAAUAUGCUCAAGAUGUUGAUCAUUCCUCUCAUCACGUCAAGUCUUAUCUCUGGCCUCGCCAAUCUGGACACGAAAUCAUGCGGAAAAAUUGGCACCUAUGCAUUGAUUUACUACUUUACCACCACUCUGAUGGCAGUUGUUCUUGGUAUUAUACUCGUGGUUGCCAUUCAUCCUGGAAAUCCAUCAAUUAAGGAGAAUCUUGUGAGUAGCAGCGGUACGAAAAACACGGAAAACAGUCCGCAUACACUCGAUGCUUUUUUGGAUCUCUUCAGAAAUAUGUUCCCGGAAAAUAUAAUCAAAGCAUGUACCAAGCAGGCAUCAACUAAACUGGUGAAUGCAACUGUGAGAAGAAGGUCACCAGAUAAUGCAUCUGAAUUCAUUGAAUAUAUUGAGGAAAAGGCAAUGAUUGAAUACAAGGACAACACCAAUGUCAUGGGUGAAUACCGACUUACUUGUCACCUUUCGAUUUCUCUAUAUUUCAUUCUCACAAAACAAUCAAAAGUGCUCUGUCGUUCAGACAACUCAACUUCCUCCCUUUGCUCUAUAGGUCUAGUUACCUUCUCAAUUGCUUUUGGUCUUGGAAUCGCUUCAAUGGGCAAACAGGGUCGACUUAUGCUGGACUUCUUCAUCAUUAUGAAUGAAAUUAUCAUGAGGCUUGUUCGUGUUAUCAUGUGGUACGCUCCAGUCGGUAUCACAUUCUUGAUUAUUGGCCAAAUAAUCGCGAUUGAUGAUUUGAUGAGCACUGUGAAAGGUCUGGGUCUGUACAUGCUGACAGUCAUUACUGGUCUCUUCAUUCAUCUCUUCUUUACCCUCAUGUUGAUGUACUUUAUAAUAUGCCGAAAAAAUCCACUGGUCUACAUGCACGGUCUAUUUCAAGCCUUUUUCAUGGCUCUCGGAACGGGUUCCAGUUCAGCUACUCUUCCAGUCACCUUCAAAUGCCUGGAGGGGAACCUGGGAAUUGAUGCUCGUGUGACACGUUUUGUGUUGCCCAUCGGUGCCACGGUUAACAUGGAUGGCACGGCUCUUUACGAGGCUGUAGCCUGCAUUUUCAUUGCCCAAAUUAAUGAUUUCAAUCUCUCCAUUGGUCAAUUGGUCACUAUCAGCAUAACAGCUACGUUAGCCGCAAUAGGAGCAGCGUCAGUACCAAGUGCUGGUCUGGUUACUAUGGUGAUGGUGCUUACAUCUGUCGGUCUUCCUAUAGAUGAUAUUGCUCUCAUUAUCGCCGUUGACUGGAUGCUGGACCGAAUCCGCACGUCAAUUAAUGUGAUGGGUGACGCGUUUGGCGCAGGCAUAGUGGCCCAUCUCUGUCGUGACCAACUUCUAGUACCAGCCAAGCGUCUAAACAGUAUUAGCGUUGCUGUUCCUCAUACAAAGUGGAAUGACGCGGAUCCGGAAAGCGCCGACGAAUUAGAUGAUCUUACCAACGAUCCUUGUCAGAAUAUUCCCCUGGAAAUUGUGGAAGCUACUUCUCAACGGGAAUAG